UGAAGAUCAAGGCUUCGAUUCAACUUCCCAAGGUGCCUCAGAAAAGCAAAAGAGUGCUGGCCAAAUUAUUGGCUUCCGACUCGAGCCAGCGAAUGAGUGAUCAGGACAUUCAACAUUGGAUAUCUACUUCGCGUUAUUCUGAAGAUGACUUCGAUGACUCAAAUGUUCUGGCAGCGCCAAGUAACAAACCAUGGGAAGGCUUCAUGGAGAUGGCUCUGGCCAAUUUGAUGUCGAGCAGUACCAAAAACCGCAUAUCGUUUCUGAAGCAGAGAAUUUCUGUGGUGUCCCAGCAACCUGGUAGGAGGGUUUCUGUUCGAAGCCAAAUUCUGAAUAAUUAGCUGUUAUAGAACUGGACAGUCAGCGUGCCUCAGACAUUUUCGAUCUCUUGAUAGUCACAUACCCACGUUAUAUUGAUGCAGCAUCUAGA